CUUGCAACAUUGAACGUUCGUUUUCUUAGCUUUUUUUUUACUGUCUCUCUUGUUUAUGGUUUGUCUGACGGACUUCAAUUUGGUUCGUAGAUACUGCUACAGAGUUUUAAAAAUGUGUUUGAAAUGGAUAAAACUAGUUAUUUUCAAAAGAGACUAAGUUUUUUACGUUGUGAGUUAUAGUACAGUAUGUGUUCUAUUAGUUUAUUAUAAUUUGUGUUGUGAUUUUAAUGAUUGAUGUAACGAACCAGUGUACGGCAAGAUGGACGAAUUGUCUAAGGGCAUGACACAAACAGGAAACACCGCUACAACUGACAAAAUUCAAGAAAAUGAUGAUGAUGGCGUAAAGCGUGGUUUGCGGCACGCACGCCAACUAUGCUAGCGUUGGUAGAACAACUGCGGUCAUACCUCGGUGGAGGAUGCUCGUCGACUUCAGUAGUAUACGUGAAUGAAACGUGUUUGGAGUGUGAAAGGGUGCGGGCGGCGUGCGAGCGGCUGGGCACGGUGGCGGUCGCUCCAAGCCCAGAAGCCCUACCACCAGCUCAGCAGACCGCUGCUCCGCCUUCUUACGUUAUCACUUCACCAUUCGAAGGCGACCUCUUUGACACUGCACAUAGAGCAAAAUACAGGGUGCUAGGACCUACAGCGGUCCUACAGUUGUCGGAGCGCGAUGAGCCACCACCAGCGACCGCACGUCCCCUCUAUUCGCUGGCGAUGCGCGGCGCUGUUAUAUGUUUCUCAGGAUUCCGGAAGAAGGAUGAACUUACGUACCUGAUAACCCUGAUCCACUACAUGGGCGGGUCGAUCCGCAAGGACAUGUCGAGUAAAGUGACGCACCUGAUCGCGGCCGCGGCGACGGGUGACAAGUACCGAUAUGCGUCCGGCUUCGGCCUGCCCGUGCUGGCGCGGUCCUGGGUCGACGCCUGCUGGGAGCGGCGCGACGACCCCGCCUGCCUCGCCACUGAUGAUGACAUCAUCAAAGAACACAAACUAAAAGUGUUUGCCGGCGCUCGCGUCUGCUUCGUGGGUUUCCCUGAGGAUGAAACUCAACACAUGGCCGAGGUGCUGGCCAGCAAUGGCGGCGGCACCUGCCAGCUUGACGACCCCGACUGUACGCACGUUGUAAUGGCCAAUGGGGAGACUUUCGGUCGUUCGCUUAUCCUAUCACCCCAUCCGAGUACACCUAACUCAGCGAAACCAUCCCGCGCCACUCCUAAUCGUUCCCAGUCCACUCCUAAGAGCUCACUUUACCGCAGACUGUCGGCGCGGUUGUCGGGCCGCCGCGCUAGUCCCACCAAGCAUGCCAAUGAUAUGUCCCACGAUGACAGAGAGCAGCGCUUGCACAUAGCGCGAAACAGUAUCAGAGACAAACAAGCCAAAGCUGUUAGCAAAGAUCAAACAGAUGACAGUACAUUCAGUAUUAGUUUAGUAGGAAAAUCAUUUACCGAUGAUUUGUACUCCAAUUUUGAAAACAAUAAGAGCCCUCAGCACGUUGAACGUGCAGAAAUGCGAAAAUACACUGUAAGUGAUAAAGAAAAUAACAAAAACCUAUCUCAGCUUGUACACGGGUCGGAUAAAGUUAACUCUAAGGAUAAGAGAGAAGUAUUUAGAAAUAAAUCCAUGAAUGUUUUCAACUUAGUUGACUGCCUUACUGAAGCCGGGUCCUUACACUCCUCGUUAACGAAAAGUUUAUGUGACCUCGACGCUAAAGAUGAACCAGUUUUUUUGCUGGCCAGUUCAACUGGUGGCAAAGAGUUACAACAGUCUACAACCACUAUUUCGUCUGGCAAGAAAAGAAGUCGUAAUUCUACUGACUCUAAUUUUCAAGUUAGCACAGUUGACGCAAAUCUGUCGCCUGACAAAUGUGAAGAGAGUAACUGGAAAUCUAUCAAAAGAUUAAAAAUAAAAGACUCCUUCAAGUUUAAAAAUAGGCCCACUAUAUUUAAAAGGACAAAAAAAGAUUCAGUGUCUAAGACCACUGGCGAAAUCGUGGUGGAGCCAGUGAGUCCAGACAGUGUUAAACCGACUGAUCCUGCUGGAGAAUUCAUAGCUUCAACGUCUUCACCGAUUAAAGAAGAUGAUAACACUUCUAUUUGUUCCAUGAACACAAGUAAGCAAUCCGGGUUUUUCGACAUAUCAUUUGCUUCAAUAAGAAGUUCUAAAACGGUGAAAUCAGCUUCCAAAUUACGACGGAGUGUGAAAUCAUUUACAGCUUCGUUUAGAAGUGAAAGAAAAAAGAAGUACGAAAAGCGAGCAGAGCGUAAUACUGUAGAAGUAGACGCGAGCCACUUACCAUCAGAUCUAAAGAACAUUUCGACACCGAAGCAAACUUUCGAUGGAAUGAAUUUAGAUAUUUCUCCAGUUCAGGUAGACACUGUAGACAGCACAGGCCUAGUCACUCCUAUUAGGAAUCGAGUAGCUGAUGCGGACGAACUUGAUGAUUCGACAGUAUUUAAAACUCCCCAAAGUGUGUGGCUACGAACUCAUCGACACUCGAUCUGCGGCGGCUCCGAGCUACGCCUGAGUAGCGCUCCGAGUGUAGCUUCAGCGUCACCAUGCCUCAGCCGUUGCGCUGCGCCCACCUCACUACUCCCCCUCGUCUCCCUCGCCCCGCCCUCUUCCUGCUCCGCCCGCGACCAGCCGCCGCCCGCCUCGACGCCCCCCAUCCGUGACGCCCACGCCAUAUCGCAAUGCCAUGGAAUAUCGCUGCCGGUUGUCGACGAGCACAAUAUACCGGUCGCACCGGAUUGUUCGACACGGGUACACGUCGUCAAAGCUGAAUGGUUCUGGGCUUCUGUGCAAAAUGAGGAGGCACAAGAUGAACGAGAUUAUCUUUUCAAAGACUAUCUAGAUGAGGUUUCGCGGCGGUCGUCAGUGGGCGGAGCGUGCGCAGGCGUGACGGCUGAGGAGGCGGCGGCGGCCACGCCUAGCACGGAGGCGGGCGCCACGCCCUCGCACCUGCAGCGCCUGCGCAAGCGCAAGCUGCGCGGUGGAGAAUCGGCGCUGCACAAGCGCCGCUCGUCUGUGGGCGACGCCGUGUUGCUGAGUCUGUCUGGGAAUCUGCUCGACUGCACUCCCUCGCCCGACGGCAAGCAGCUACUAGAGGAAUCCGAAGUUCCCGACACGGUUGUGAGGAAAUUGUUAUCACCGCGGCAGCAGGUGUUCAUGGAGCUGUUGCAAACAGAAUCCAACUAUGUUGGAAUAUUGCAUACUAUAGUUACGAUGUUUAAGCAACCGUUGGAGGAGAUGACUGAGGACGACAAUAGUAAUGGAAAAAAUCAAGCAUUGCUCAAUAAUACUGAACUAAAAAUUAUAUUUGGAAACUUACCGCCUAUUUAUGAAUUACAUCAGCGAAUGUUAGAAGAGUUACGUUAUGCGCAAGCGCACUGGAGCGAGGAGACAAGCAUUGGACGACUAGUCCUGCGCUACACGCCUGACAUGGUGAAGGCAUACCCGCCCUUUGUUAACUUUUUUGAAAAUACCAAGGAGAUGCUGCAACAGUGCGACCGUGAGAACCCAAGAUUUCAUGCAUUCCUGAAAAUCUGUCAAACAAAGCCAGAGUGUGGCAGACAAAGUUUACAGGAGCUAUUAAUAAGACCAGUGCAGCGGUUACCUAGUAUAAGUUUAUUACUCGAUGACAUAUUAAAGCACACACACAAGAACAACCCGGACCACGGCGCGCUGGUGCAGGCGCUGGCCGGGCUGCGCGAGGUCAUGUCGCACAUCAACGAGGACAAGCGCAAGACUGAGGGACAGUUGCAGAUGUUUGACAUCUACAACGACAUCGACCAGUGCCCGGCUCACUUAGUCUCAUCUCACCGGUCGUUCGUAUCACGUUGCGAAGUAGUGGAGUUAUCUAAAGAACUGUCUGGCAGAGGAGACCAUCUCGUGCUAUUUCUAUUCACGGAUACCAUGGAAGUCUGCAAGAAAAGAUCCAAAGCUUUUAAUAGUAAAAGUCCUACAAAUGGCACAGGCACCAUGCGGAUAGGCUCAAGCAAGCCUUAUAGGCAUAUAUCGUUAAUGCCCCUCAGUACAGUGAAACGUGUCGUCGAUAUACGGGAAGCUGAAGAUUGCCACAACGUAUUUGCGCUAAUGUGCCGCAAUAAUCAAGAACUCAAAGAAAAGUUGUUCUCUUUCAUGAUAACUGAUGAAACCGUAGACAAGUCCCAUUUUCUUCGACAACUUUGCAGGCAAAUGGCAAACACCGUCUGCAAAGCUGAUGCUGACAAAUUCCUAGCGUGUCUAGAGUCGCACCAACUCGAUAUCGACACGAGCGAGCUUGCACUGAGCACUCUAUCGAAAGUGUCAAAGUUUGCAGCGCGCACGAGAAUAAAGCUGGAGGCGCUGGCGGGGCUGACGGGGCUGCUGCGGCCCGAGCCAGGCUCCGGCCUGCUAGACACAUGGGUAUUGCGCGCUCACUUACUCGCACAGGUGGGUCGUGCGUUUUCGUUCAACAAAACGCCCUCGAAACUGAAGCGUGCGAUGUCGUCGAUGAUCUCGCCGUUCGGGUCCACCUCCAAUCUCACACCCGCUUCGCAGCUCGCACAGAUGAGACUCGCCAGCUGUAAUAACAUCAACGAGAUGGGCACGAGCGGCGGCGGCGCGGGCGGCGGCGGCGAGGUGCUGGUGGCGCCGCUGUCGGUGCAGCCGACGCGCAAGGCCGCGCCGGGCGCCGCACUGCGCCGGUUCUGACGCCGCGCGCCGCGCCGCGCCUGACCUCAGCCGCCGCCCUGAUCGGGCUGUACCGGAAUUGAUUGUGCAACUUUACUAAAUUAUUCGAAAGUAUUAAAUGAGUUGCAGUCGUGCGCCUAUCGAGAUCGAAUACGAGUGUCAGUCGUUAAUCAAAGUGUGCUUAGAUGUUGUCAUAAAUUCAUAACUGUACAAGUUUUCAUUGUGAAACUGAGAUCGGACAGUGUGUUCGGUAGCUACCAGUGAAACUCCACUACUUAUGAAUCUUGUAAUUUUAUGAAGGUGUAUAAUUAAAUUAACUAUUUUCGUUAUAAACUAUGGCCUAUUCGUGGCUUAGCCAACUUGCCAAAAAGCGUUCACAUCAACAAAUCAAUAUAUACCCAAGGUCAAACAAGUGAUUUAUAUUUCUAUUAAGUUUUUCAAUAUUACUACACACACAUUUAUUGCACAAAUAAUAGUAAUAGUAAAUCUAGUUCAAAUAAUUGUAUCCAUUUUAUUUUAUCUACAAAAUAUCCUAUUGAUUUGUUGAUAAGUGAUAUUUUUUGAGGUUAAAUAUUAAAAAUAUAGCCAUAAAAUAUUAAUUAUAUACGAUGCAAUCGAUGGCCUAAGUUUAGCUAACUUACGAAUUUAUUCAUCUGUCAACAAGUCACAGAAAACAUUACUGAUAUUAUUGAGAUUUAGUUUUGAAAAUAAUUUGUACAUAUGUGAUAUUUUAAAUAUAUUGUGAAAUAGAUCAUAGUAGGAUACCCAUGAUAUCAAUCUGAUGCUGAUUCAAAGUUUCCUUAAAGUGAAUUGUUAUUUGGUAAUGGACAAUGAAUUACUCAAACGUUUGAAUCGUUCAGGAUGGGUAGAUAGGUGUUGUAAAUAGUGUACGGAACAUGAGCAGCUUAUGUAAACUAGGCGCCCUCGAAUGUAUCUUUAAAUAUAUUAAUUCGCGUCUAUAAGUUUUAUGAGAGUCUCACUUAGGCUACUAUCAUCAAUCAUGUGUACACAUGUUGCUACAUUGUACAAAAGAACAAUAUUUAUAAUAUUUUAAAUGAUUGAUAAAAUAAACAUUUAUUUUCAAUCAA